AUGAAGGAUUGGGUUAGAUUUGAGUUAGGGAAAGUGUAUUGUUCUAAAGAAGCAGGUGGUAAAGAAAUUCCUUUUGUUUUACUUUUUAAUAAUGACUUUAAUUUUGAACAACUUCUUUCAAUCCUUAAUAUUCAACCUCUUACAUUAAAACAUCAAUGGUAUUUGUAUAAUAAAAUUCGUCAAUAUGUUGAUGAAGAAUUCAAAGAUGUUUUAUGUCCGUCCUCUUUCAAUUAG